ACCACCUCACUCUUUCUCUCUCCAUAAAAACUCCAAACAAACAAACAACCUUUAUUUAUUCAACAAAAUCCACACCCCUCUCAACUCUUCUCUCAUUCUCUUAUUCUAUUCUUUCUUUCUUACUCUUCUCCAACCAAGAACUCUCUAAAAUCUAGUGCCAAUCAUACAUAAACCUUGUAUUGAGGGUUACUUACUUAACCUUCAACCCUUCAUCUUGAUUCCAAAGAAAACAAUAUUCAACAUUCAACAACAUGUUCUCCAACUCCAAGCUUCAACAGCAACACCUUUUCCAACCUAAUAACUCAAGGGAAUGCCAACAAACAUCAGAAGAUGAUGAGAGCAAGAGUAGUGGUGGCCCCACCCCAUCGGGCGCGGCGCAAAACCCCGCAUCCGGUGAUGGGGCCACCAUUGAGAUUGUCAGGCGGCCCAGGGGCCGCCCACCCGGGUCAAAAAACAGGCCCAAACCGCCUCUGAUUAUAACGCGGGAGCCCGAGCCCGCCCUGAGUCCCCACAUUCUUGAAAUCCCUGCUGGAAGCGACGUCGUUGAAGCCAUAUCCCGGUUCACCCGACGCAAGAACACCGGUUUAAUCGUUCUGACCGGUUCUGGCACCGUCGCGAACGUCACGCUCCGCCAGCCCGGGGCAAUUCCCUCCGCCGCUGUCACGUUCCACGGCCGGUUCGACAUCUUGUCUGUUUCCGCCACGUUCCUCCCUCACCCGCCGGGAACCUCGCCGCCGCUUCCCAACGGCUUCUCCAUCUCGCUCGCCGGACCCCAGGGGCAGAUCAUCGGAGGUCACGUCGCGGGUCGGUUGGUGGCUGCCGGAACGGUGUUCGUCAUCGCUACAUCUUUCAACAACGCGUCGUAUGAGAGGCUGCAGACGGAGGAAGACGACGCAGCGCGUAACAACUCCGGCGCCGGUGAAGAGAUGUCGCCGCCGAUGUCCGGUGUGGAUUCGGGUAUGUACAGCUGUCACCUUCCUUCUGAAGUGAUUUGGGCUCCGACGGCAAGGCCACCACCUCCACCACCAGCUUUCUGAUAGUGAAAUCAAUCAUGCACCCUUGGGGUCUAUUGUGCAAUUUAAUCAAAGUAUGGGUGCCUCUAUUUAAUUUUCACUUUCUUGAUUAGUUUAGUUUUAAACUUUUAAUUGAUUAAUGGUGCUGUAGAACUAGAAACACUGGUUUAGAUUCUCAACUUGUGUUUAAUUACUAUGUUCUUAGUUUUUUUUUUUGGUGAAUUUACUCUGUUAGUUGCUAAUUGCCAUACAGUUUUUAAUUUCUUCUCUAAUUUUUCUGUUAAAAUAUUUUUUUCCAAAUUAGUAACAUUUUUUUUCUAUAUUAAAAGUCAAACCGCGCAAUCUUGCUCUAUCUAUUGUUUAUUAUUUGAAACUAAUAUAAUAAUGAAAAGUGUGAAAAUGGAAUGUGUUGUUUUCAUUAUUAAAAUGCAGGAUGGAUGAUGUUAAUUUAGUAUUAGAAUAUUAGUGGCAAGAUAUGAGUAGUGAUUUUAAAAAUAGGUUAACACAUUAAAAUAUGGUACCUGAAAACGUCCAGAAUGUACCUUUAUUUAUAAUUUUAUAAUAUAUAGUUCAGAUGUUGUACUCUAUCUUGUUUUUUUCUCUAGAACUAGAUUGUUAUGGUUUGGAAUAGAGUUACCAAUUUUGAGAAAGGGUUAACUUGUGUGAGAAGGGUAAUGAGAUCAUUGAAGAUUCUUGUACCACACUUGACUUGACCCCUGAAGAGGGGGAAAGAGAUAAUAGAGAGAAAAAAAAUGAUGUAUAUGUGUUGUUUUUAUUGUUAUGGUGCAUGAGGUUUUGCAUUGAAAAUUGGGACUAGUACUCGGAAUAUCUGAGCACCUUGCAUGCAGUGUAGCAGGGUGGUAGCAGCUAGGUGCAGGGUGUAUUAUUGGGUGAAGAUAACGCUGACUAUCAAGUUGCUUGGUGUGGAAAAAGUGUGGGGUAGUGGAACACAUGGCUAGGGUUGUGUUUGCCAGUUUUCAUCACAAGCAACAUCACCAGUCACCCGUCACCAGUCUUCUCCUCCUGUACUGUAUACCCCACUAAUUCACCCUCCACUUUAAUUUUUCCAUUUCCUCACCUUAUGUUUGAUCUCUUCUGUACUUUGUUUUGUCUCUUUCUACUUCCCAUUUCAAUGCUUGUCAACAAGUAAUUAAAGGCAAUUAAGUUGUAAGAUAUCCGUAUCUGCAAAAUUCGAUUUAAAUUUAUCCAUUGUGUUUUGCAUGUUGGAAAUUCGAUUUGGGGAAUGUUUGGUUUCAAUUCUGGAUGAAGUAGAUGUGGAUUCAUAUUUUUAAAAAUAACUAUGUAUUACUUUCAUUUGA